CAGUAUCAACUGGCUCCUUGGUCAUCUGACGUCAACUCCAAUUUUGAAAUGUCACCUGCUGACUAUGCUGUGAUUAAAGAUGGGCUAGACCUGGUAGCAGGAGUGAUUAGCUCUUCAGACCCUCAGACAGGAAGAGUUUGGGAUCCAUCGGUUCGUCCUCACUUUGAUAUUACAGGUGAUGCUACAAAAGGCAUGGCCGGAAAUGAUUUUGGCAGUUCUCCUUCUGCAAGCAGGGAGGCUGUUCUUGUCGGUGCAUCUACUCAGUUUUCAAUCACCCGGGACCAAAAUAUUUCAAAGUUAAAAAAUGAAGAAAUACCAACUAAACAAGUGACAUUUAGUGAAAUUAGCAACAGUAAUGCAACAGAUGAUCCUGACAAUGAGAGAACUAACAAUGAUAGAGAACCUUCAGUUAGUUGGGUUUCUAAAAGUUCUCCUUAUGUAACUUCACAAGAGGAUCCAAUGUCCACAUACUCGUCAUAUUUACCUCCUGUUAUGGAGGAACCUACUACAUCUUACUCAGAAGCUGCAGAUGAUGAUCCUUUACCUGCAAUAGAAGGGCUCCAAAUUUCAGGUGAAGCAUAUCCAGGGCGAGAACUCCAAGCAUCCGGAUACUCUAUCAAUGGAACAACCAGCUGCAUUUUUGAGUGGAUUCGGCAUAUGGAAGAUGGAUCCUAUAUCUACAUAGAUGGGGCCCAGCAACCUGUGUAUCUUGUUACUGCUGAUGAUGUUGACACUUACCUAGCCAUUGAAGUUCGGCCACUGGAUGAUAGGAAGCGAAAGGGUGAAGCGGUAAAGGUUUUUGCAAAUGAGCACAAGAAAAUAACUUGUGAUUCUGAUAUGCAAAAUUUCAUAGAGAGAACACUUAGCAGUGGUCAUGCUUCAUUUAAUGUAUCCUUGUGGACAGGAUAUCUUGACAUAUGGGAGCCAGCUAUUUUGGCUAUAAAGAGGGAUGGUUUCAGUAUCAAGUGUUCUGGAACUAAUAGUGUUGUGGUUGACAAAUUUUCGCCAUCUAUAACUGUUUCUAUUCCAUUUGCAUGUUCUGGGGAUUUUUCAGUAACCGAUAGUCGAGGGGAUCGACAUCUAUUGAGGGUAACAAAUAUCAGCUAUUCCAGGGAUGCCAUUGUUCUCAUCAUGAAAUAUUUAAUUUUAAAGGCUGGUGAGAAAAAAAGGAAGACACGAAAAAGGAGCUUGUUCUUCAACAAGGAAGACAAGAAAAGAUGAUGAUUGUUGAGGCGGGAGUACUUCCACAUGCGUAGUUUGAGGGGGACAUAGAGAGAAAAUCUCUUUGCCAUAGUUUCUUCAUAGUUGCGACUAUUGCGCGAAAGACAUGACAGAUUCUCUUUCAUUUUGUUUGGAGUAAUGUGAACAAAAAUGCACACAUUCUGCUGUAGUUAUUAUAGGCAUUUGUAUCAUGUGUUGGUAAAAAAAAGUAGACAGAUGGGGAAAGUGAGGAAGAGUGCUUAGAGAGUGUAAAUUUUUAUACUGUUCUUGCACUGUAACUGUACAGAGGUGAUUUGCAAAUGUGAU